GUCCGCAGCGCUGCCGCCUGCAUCCACCCCCCCUCCCCUCCCUCAAGCUAAUCCAUUCCGUAUGAUGAUGGCGGAAGCCUGGACCCAGGAGGAAGAGGAGGAGGAGGUGCGAGGGGCGAGCGACAGGGACCCCGGCUCCAGGCUCCAGUCGGCAGCGGCCAGGAGGAGCGGCGCCUCCUCAACAGCAGGACGUUCCAAUAGAAAUAAACCAGACCAGUCAUCCCGCACUUCUAGCCAUGGACCAUUAUCGACAAUAAGAGCUGCUAUCAAAAGAACAUCAAGUCGCACACUGUCACAGACCGAACUGCGGAGAGAAAGGAGGAGGCCAGCCAUUACAGUCUUAUCUGCAGAGCCUAUAGGACCAAGCCCUUGGUAUCCCGGUGUUCCUGGGAACUGUGCUGGGACUGUUGGAGUGGGAGCAUCAUAUCAUCGGACUCUCUGGAGAAUCGAUGAGCCUGCUGCAGCUGAACCUCCGCCUUCGUACGAGCAGGUGAUCCGAGAGAUCAGCCAGCAGCCUGGGCCCACUCCACCUGUCCCCAGGCAUUCAACAGCUACCAUCUCGACACAGACUGAAUUCGACCAAGACUCUGACGAUCUCGAGACAAGGAGCGCAGAUGCUGAUUUUGCAAGUGUGGGGGAGUAUACUCCAGUGACAGUUCCAGUGAAACCAUCCAGAUCCGCUGUGUGCCUCGUUCCCAUCAGGGCAGAGGAAAAUGAAGCACCUUUGAUUUCAAUAGAAAGUGACACAAGUCGGGAACAAAGUGUCCAAACAAACACUAAUGUUGUGAAGCGCCCAAUACCAAGGCCCAGGUCCUUAGGUAACUUGACCGUACUAUUUCAAGAAAUACAAAUUGAACGUUCAGAGGGAGAGGUCAAAGGAAGCUUCUCUGAAGACAGUGUUUUGCAAGUCUGCCAAAAUCCAAUUGCCAAAGGUAGUUUUACCAGCCAAAACAUCAUGGGAGACAGCAGUGGGCAGGGCAUCCUCUCCAGAAUAAAGGCAUUCGAAACUCAGAAGGAUUCCGAAAAUGUUGCCAACAAUGCACAGUCGUCAAAAAGGCCGGAGGUUGUUCCACGGACUUUUGUGCCAAAGCCUGGUGUGGUCCAGGGGAGACCAACUGUGGCUCCAAAACCUUCCUUGGUCGACAGGACUUCGGGAGAACCCAAUAACGGGGCUGAAGCCAAGCCUGUGGCGGCAGAGAGACAGGGACCUCUUCUGCCUCCAAAGCCACAAACAGGGGGUGCAGCUGUUGGACCCAAGCCUGAACCACCCAAGAAACCAAAGCCCAGCGUCUCUGCAGAAUCAAAGCAGAACAAUCAAACCUGCAACACUUUAGACCGUCGGGAGGAGGCACCUUCCGAUUCGGUGGCUACCCAAAUAGGAAGACCCGCAGUUAGGAAGAAUCAAAUGCCCAUACCAGCACCAAGGCCAACAAUGGCAAAACAGACCAACAUUACUGAAAAUCGUAUUGCACCUUCUAUAACACCUAAGCCUCCUGCAUCUAGACCUUCAGUGCUACCCAUAACAAAGACCUCAAUGACGGAGACUGAGGAAUCUUCAACUAACGUACAAAUAUCAUCAAACAGUGCACGAGAUCUGAUAAGUUUUGAUGACGAUGUGACCCCUGCUAUUCCAACAGGAGAUAAUGUGACCUCUCUUGUGACAGUAGAUCCUUUUCAGACUUUGCCGAGAAACAAGGCACCCCCCACUGAUGCAAUGCACAGUCGCCCACCUGUAUUACGUAAACCUACAGUAAUCCGCAUACCUAACAAACUAAAUAAAACAUCCUCAGAAAGCAUUACAAGUCCUCCACCGCUCCCUGCUGAGACUCCUGUUGGUAACUUAAUUGUAGAAAGGACUAAAACAGUGCCUAUGGAGAAUUACGAUUUGCCAGGACCAGUUGCAAGCCAGCCUGUGGCACGAGUGGGUAAAGUUCCUCCAGCCCGUCCUGCCCCGCACAAAGCCGGUCCAGCCCGACCUCCGCCGCCAAAAGUGUCCGCCGCUCCUAACCAGCUCCGUCAUGCUUCAUCCGAGCAAAAAAUAAACAAAAUCGUCGGCAAACAGAGCCCGGCUGCCACAGGGAAGGUUCGUCCAAAGAGUCAAGUGUUUCCAAAAAAAGGACCUGAGCUUCCACCUCGACCAACUCCUGGACAUCGGCUCUAUGACAAGUACAUGAAACUUUCCGCUUCUGAUCAGCAGUUUGGAGAUAGCAGUGGGCCACAUGCUGUGGUGCUACACGACUUUACAGCAGAUCAAAAUGACGAAUUGAAUCUGAAGGCAGGAGACACAGUGUACUUGCUGAAGAAACUGGACAAGGAUUGGCUUAGCGGGAAGUGCAAGGGACAUACUGGGAUAUUUCCAGCUAACUUUGUCAAAAUUAUUGUUGAUCUACCUGCUGACUCACAGGAGAUCAGUGUGAAGAAAGAUUUGUUCAAACCAACUUCUCUGAACAAAGGACCUCGAUGUGUGGCUCGCUUUGACUUUGAAGGAGACCAGCCCGAUGAGCUCACUUUCUUUGAAGGUGACGUUAUUGCACUGAAAGGGUACAUGAAUGAGGAAUGGGCUCGAGGAGAACUGAAAGGGUGUAUGGGAAUUUUCCCUCUGAAUUUUGUAGACCUUGUUGAGGACCUACCAGCGUCUGAGCAGAAGACAAUCCAGAGUUCACCUCUUUCACCAGAUUCUAACAGAAUAACAGAUGAUAGAACAAUAGAGACCUCUACACCUGAUCAGGUUGGAGAUUUGGACUUGCAGUGGUGUGAGGCACUUUAUGAUUUCAAAGCAGAAGCCGCUGAUGAUUUAGCGUUUAAACGUGGCGAUCAGAUUCUCAUCUUGGAGCAGAUAGACUCUGAAUGGUACAAGGGAAAGCUUAAUGGGCUCGAGGGAAUCUUCCCAUCUGCGUUUGUUCGAGUCUGCUCAGGAACCACUAGCCCUGUAAAACCACAGACUUCUGGGAAUAAAAGAGGACUGGCCAAGGCACUAUAUAACUAUGUAGGGGACAAUGAAGAUGAGCUUAAUUUUAAGGUCGGUGAUACAAUUGUCCUCGUCAAAUCCAUAGAUGCUGACUGGCUGAAAGGGGAACUAAAGGGAAAAGAGGGGAUAUUUCCCCGGAGUUUUGUUCAGGUUCUGAAAGACCCAUUGUGAAAUACUCUUGCUGAGACUGAACGAUGAAUAUGUGGAGCAGUGUUGAACUUGGCCAAUCAUUUAUUUGUACCAAAGGAACACAAAGCACGUGAACAUAGCAGUCAAGCGAAUUUAGUUGUUGAAGUCAUUAAUCAAAUGUUCUAUUACUUGUGAACUGGGAUGUACUGCAGUCACUUGGAAGCAGUGGGUGGAUGGGUGGUCAGGAUUUGUACUCACAAGCUAUACAACGGAUUAUAAUUUUACUCCAUGACAAUUAUAUAUUGGUGAGAAAUAAAUUCCAGUAUUGAACGAGGAACGCAAUCAUGAUAUUAUUACAAUGUAAAAUUAUUCACUGAUGUCAACAUAUGUUGGUGGGCAGUGAUGGGCUGGUUUUCCCAUUUGUGCUGUCAUCUUUAACUUGCAUAUCAAUUGGGAAAUUUACCUUUAAUGUAAAGUCAAUUUUAAAAAAAGCAUCACUGCAUGUUAUUUCAUAUCUUUCUAAAGAAAAAAAUGUUUGUACAAAAAAUAAAAUUGGGCUUCAUGGUUUGCCUGUAGUAUUAUUCAACAGUAACUGGGAAUUGGUAGAAGCAACAUUAUUUUGGUGUGGAUUCUUCACCGGUGAUGUUUCUAGGUAUCAGUGCUGAACUUGUGAUAAACUUUUCAAUAAACAAUAUUUAUUUCAA